CGCCGCGCCGGGACGCUCGAGUCUCCCGCCGUCCCGUCCGGUCCCGUCCCGUCCUCCGCCCGGACGCCGCCGCCAUGGCCGGCCGGCCCCGAAGCCCUCCCCGGUACCAGAGCCGCCGCGACCGCGGCGCCAGCCCGCUGCCUUCCGGGAGAUGGAGCCUUGGACGGAAGCGCAGGGCCGACGGGAGGCGCUCGAGGCCCGAAGACGCCGAGGAUGGCGAGCUCCCGGCCGCCGACCACAGGCCCGAGAGCUUUACCACUCCUGAAGGCCCUAAGCCCCGUUCUAGAUGUUCAGACUGGGCAGGUGCAGUCGAAGAAGAUGAAAUGAGGACCAGAGUUAACAAAGAAAUUGCAAGAUACAAAAGGAAACUCCUCGUCAAUGACUUUGGAAGAGAGAGAAAAUCGUCAUCAGGAAGCUCUGACUCAAAGGAGUCCGCAUCUGCUGUGCCUGCCGACGUGGAGACGGACGAGUGCGUCUUGAUGCGGCGACAGAAGCAGAUCAACUAUGGGAAGAACACUAUCGCCUACGACCGCUAUGUCAAAGAGGUGCCCAGACACCUUCGACAACCUGGAGUUCAUCCCAAGACCCCCAACAAGUUUAAGAAGUAUUCCCGGCGGUCUUGGGACCAGCAGAUUAAACUCUGGAAGGUGGCUCUGCAUUUUUGGGACCCUCCAGCUGAAGAAGGAUGUGAUUUGCAAGACAUACACCCUGUAGACCUUGGAGAGAUGGAGACAGAAUCCAUAGAAAGCAGCUCUGAAUCCCAAACAAGCUCACAGGAAAACUUUGUAAGUAGUUUUCUUUGGAUGUGUACUCCGGCACACCCACCAAAGUUAGACAUCUGGACUGCCCAGUGGAGGAUGAAUUUGAUUUGGAAGCUUGUUUAAUGGAACCCUUGAAAGACUUGUCAGCCAGGAGCUAACUGCCAUCUGGCAGCAACCACAUGAGCAUUUCCUCCCCCUGGCCAGGUCAAGGCUGGAGUAGCAUGUGCUGUGCAUUUGUACUUGAUGGCCUGUUAAUAGUUUAUCUCAUGAUCACUUGUUAUAUUUGCCUUAUUUUCUUAAGCAAUGUUCAUUUUAUUUAUAGUGUGUUAUGCAUGUUUUAAGUUGUAAAUGGAGUUAAAGCAAGGAACAUUGAACCAGGAAGCAAUAUUGCAACAAACUUAACUGCUGAUGUCCAAGUCAGACUGCCAAGUGUACUUCAGCUGGUUUCCUUAAUGUUUCAGACUUUCUGUUGCCACUUGUUUGAUGGGUUGGUUGUCAACCAUAUAUUCAUGGGAACAGUCUGGAGUCAGAUUCUUUUAUGUAUGUAUCUGACAAAAGAAUUCAGAGUCAGACUGUUACAGUGAUUUUGAAAACUUUCUAGCCUUUUAUCAAUAUGUCAAAGUAGGAUGUCCCCCUCCCCCCAUACAGAGCUCUGAAAAAAAGUCAGUUAAACUGAGUUGUUAAAUUAGUGGGUUUUAUGUUAGCUAUGCAGUCUUAAUUUGGAACUUGUAAAUAAUGCAAGAUCUUAAUACUCAAGAGUUAAGGCACAAAUUUAGAACAUAUUUCUUAAGACCAGUUAAUUUACCAUGUAAAAUUGCUGUAAAUGAUAAUGUGUACAGAUUUUCUGUUGAGGUAUUCAAUUGUAAACUUGUCAAGACUUGCAUUUCUAUUGCUUUUGUAUGGAAUGAUGUUGCAAAAAUAAAAAGCCCCUUCUGUAACUGA